AUGGAUCCAGAAUACCAGGUGCCACCACAAGAAUCCGGGCCUCAGCCUCAUCCUUAUCUUCAUGAACCUUUAUUGUACAUCACUAAUCUUCCUGCAAAUGUCACUGACGACGCUAUUGGAAUGGCAUUUAUGACUUGCGCCCCGUUCAGACCCAAAAUUAUCAGAGAUACAGCUAGUCCAAUGUUUUCUGGCACCAUCGAGUUCAAAUUUCUCGAGAAAGCCGAGAAAGCAUUAGCCACGCUUCAAUCGCGUCCUCUGCCAGAUGUACCAGGUGUACUUCUCGUGUUAUCGCCUUACCCGCCGACAAACCCUCCCACACCUCUACCUCCACCAUCUGCGCUUCCCAGGCUGGUCAAACACCUUCCAGUAGGCUUUAGCGACUCCGCUCUAUUUGAUCUCUUUCGACCUUACGGUGCUCUCGCGUCCGUUCGAAUCCCAACGCAUUUUGGGCCUGAUACCGGCAUGAUCGAGUUUUGGAACGAGGAUGACGCGCGGAGCGCCGAAGAGGCCAUGCACUGCGCUGAUAUCGAAGGUCAGAACAUCGCUGUUCAGGCUUACCAGCCACGGAGAACUGCUAGUGGAACUAUCAACGACUUUAACACGAAUGCCCCGGCCUUCGUACCUUCAGGACCAGUGUUCGGUUACUCAAGUCCGGCUGCGACGUAUUCUCCUCCUCGUCCGCACUACAGUCCUAGGAGUCCCGUGUCGCCUAUCCCUCAUGGUGGUCCUCAAUUUGUCCAUGGACCUGGACAGCAGGUGCAACUCGCUCCAAUGGCUGGUCCCGGCUCGAAUAGCCAUAGCGGGUUAAUCGAUCCAUGUAACCUGUUCUGCAAGAACUUGGACCCAGAAAUCGACUCGAAUGCCCUAUUCUCUCAUUUCCGUCAGUUUGGGCAAAUUGUUAGUGCUCGUGUGAUGCGUAACGAGGCCGGUGAAAGUCGAGGCUUUGGCUUUGUAUCAUUCCAAAUGCCAGAUCAAGCGGCUGCUGCCAUGCACGCAAUGAAUGGUAUCACCUUAGGGUCCAAACAGGUUGUUGUCCGACUACAUGAGCCCAAACAGCUGCGUCAGGAAAAACUUGCCGCCAGAUUCGGCGGUGGAGGUAAUGGGCAUCCUAGAACAGCGAGUGGAGCCACUAGCCCUACUGCCAGUGAGGGUGGGGACAGCUAUGGCGCUGGAUGGGGAAGCCCAAGUCCAAGAAAUAGAACUUUAGGUCUAGGGAAUUUAGGCGGUUCUCCUGGCUAUGGCACUGAGAGAGAUAGAGGAAGAAGAGGAAGCGGAAGCUAUUACAACGCCGCUCUGACUGGAACACUGAACCUUCCUAUGCGUUACGACGACCUGGCUGCUCUAUCUCCGGUCGUACGCAAAGAAGUUCUUACUGGCGAACUCAGCAGACGCGUCAAAUCCCUCGGCAGCGUUGCUCCCGCCGACGUCGCGAGUAUCGUCGACGGUCUAGUUAAUGUGUCACUGAGCGAAAUUGUUCAAGCAAUCGAUGACCCAGAAAAGCUCGCGAACCAGGUUGAUAAGCUAAGAAUUUCACGGAAUUUAUCUGCAUCGACCUCUCCGUCUCCGAAUUCCAACUCACAGAGCCCGGCGCGCUCAGCUACCGCAUCGCAGGACUCACGCCUCCUUGAUCCUAAUGCUCUUGCGGCUACCGCCAGUGCGCCUGAGCAUCCCUCCACACCCAUCUCGGUGAAUGCUUCCUUGUCAACACCACCGCGUACCUCCUCCCCAUCAGGCUCCCUUCCACCAACGUCGGAACGCGAUCGUAUUGCUGCCGCUGUAGCAAAAUUCGAAAAUUCUCCGUCAGAGAAACAAGAACAGCUCACAGAGCUUUUGAUGAGUCUUCCCAAAAGAGAACGCGCGCUUUGUCUGUUCAACAUGGAGGUGUUCCGUGCAAAGCUUGCGGAUGCCAGGCUGGUGUUGGAGAGUAUGGAAGAGGAGGAGGAGGAAACCAAUGCGACCUCUGUUGCCACAGCAGCUGCCGUUCCUCCGUCUACGCCACAAAACAAGAAGACUUCAUCAUAUUCUACAAUGGAAAGAUCUCCUCAGACACCUGACCUCUCCUCUCGCGGCCCUAGUGCCACUUCUUCACCUCUCCCUGCCACCCCCGCCGCCGGAACUCCCACAGGAGCAGGAAAUACAUACACAAUCGCAGCGCUCGCCAAGCUUCCUGCCAAAGAGGUUCUCAAAAUUGUGAGGUCCUCCUCCGUGAUCUUACCUGUGGACAUGUCCAAAGCCGACCCGCUUGUGGUGCAGGCUACGGAUGAAUUUGUUGAUGGAUUGAUGGAUAAGGCCCCCCAAAUGCAGAAGCAGCUACUAGGUGAGAAACUGUUCAGGGUCGUCAAGAGCUUUGGAAUCAAAGGAGCACCCAAAAUUACUGUUACUCUUUUGGACCAGGAGGACCUGCGCUCUCUCGCGCAUCUGAUGAACAGCUAUCCUGCGGUGUUGAAAGAUAAAGCCCAGGCUCUCGUCGUUUCCAAGUAA